AUGGACGAGGAGAGGGCGACCCAAGCCACCUCCUCCGGAGGCUGGACCGUGCCCUUCCUCGGCACAGCGGCGGCCCUCAGCGCCACCUCCUGGGUCCUCUACUGCAGGCACCGGGGCCGCCCCCCGCUGGCGCCGCUCGCGCCGCUGCUGCUCCGCGCGCGGUGCUUCUGCGAGCUCGGCCUCGCGCGCGCGCUCCAGGUGUGGGAGGCGCUCGCUGCGGACCAUGCCGCGCUGGCUGCGGACGCAUGUGACCAGCUGCGCGAGACCCUCGGCCGCGCGAUGCGGGGCGCGGGGGAGCUCCGGCCGCUGGUGUCGAGGUACGAGGGGCGCGCGAAGUGCCUGGCCGCGUGCGCGGUGCUCGCGGGGCGGAACGUCGCGGGCGCGGCGGUCGCGGCCGCGCGGGACGCGUGGCGCGGCGCGGGCGACGCGCUGGCCGCGCACCGCGUCCGGGUCGGCGAGUGCGGCGGCGGCGCGACGGAGUGCGCGACGGAGUGCGGGAAGGGCGCGUGCGCGGAGUGGGAGCACGUCGAUCCGCGCGGCGAGAGAGGAGGGAUGGACGGAGGGAACAACAAUCGAGAGAUCCGCAUCUCCGGCGCGUCCGAGGGCUCGGAGGGCGCCGCGGAGGGCGGACGCUGCACGCAGGAGUUCGCCGCGGCGGAGGACUCGGACGUGAGCCCGCGCGCGCCCGCGGCGGUGGCGGCAGCGGCCGCGGCAGAAGGCAGCAGUGACGCCGACGGCACGGCCGACGACGCCUCUGCGCGACGACCGGCGGCGCGCGUCUCCGAGGACAGCGCGGUGCGGCCGUGGAGCGAGCAGCUGGACCCGGACGCGGGCGCCGAGAGCCACCUCGAGGCGGUGACUCGCGUGUGGGGCACCGCGGCUACUGGCGCGAGCUCCUGGCUGGGGAUCGCGGGCGGCGACGGCGAGUGGGAGGUGGUGGAGCGGCCGUCCGAGUCCGAGCUCGCCGGCAAGAAGUGA